AUGAUCGCUGUCACAGAUGAUGUUUUUGCUUCUCGAUUCGCUGUCCUGCAAGACCUGUUCAAUGGCAGUAUAUCUGCACAGGAAGCUGCCGAAAAUUUGGCUUCGAUCUCGUUAUCGACUGACCCGGAACCUGAAGGAGGCGUUACUCGUCUUUGGAGCCUGAUAGUCAACUGCGCCUACACAUUUCCUGGGCACCACGACAAGCUUGUCGAUACCCUGGUCCAACUCUCAAGACUUCCAGACGCGAAAACAGCCAGCGGAGGCCUAGUUCUUCUCUACGACAUGCGAAUCUGGAAAGACUUACCAAUGCUAGGCUGGCAAUUGCGUGAUGAGUGGAAUAUAUCUGUACCCACUGGGCCUUCUGAUCACCGACAAAGCCAAAUCCUGAAAAUUAUCAAUCGAGACAAAUUCACAGCACUUUUGAUGGCAACCGAGGAAGCUGUGUUCAGAUACUCGUGGUUUGCACUGGUCACCCUCCGCAAUGCGCUGGAAACACCCGCAGACCAGUUGUCACCAGUUAAUCCUUUAGAAGCAUUGAUUCCUGCUGCUGCUGCAUGGAUUAGUACCCUCGGCGUGGAGAUCUAUGAAUGGGAUGAAGAUUUCAAUGGCCAUGCAGGCAGUGCCCCUGGAAGAGGAGGCCCGCUCUGGAAAGGAAAACAUGGCUUUUGUAAGGGCAGAUGGCAGCUUUGGAGGGAGAGAUUUGGAGAGUUGGCUAGAAUGGGAGGUGAGAUUGGAGACGAGGAGAGAAGGGCAGCAAGGGAUGCGGAGCAAAUGAUGCGGGAGAUUGAGGACGGAGACGUGAAAUGA